AGAGUACGGCUGUGUGAAACAUUACACAUCUCUAAUUCAGAUUAAUCAUGUCAGGAAGAGGUAAAACCGGAGGCAAAGCCAGGGCGAAGGCGAAGACCCGCUCAUCCCGUGCCGGACUCCAGUUCCCCGUCGGCCGUGUGCACAGACUCCUCCGUAAGGGAAACUAUGCCCACCGCGUCGGUGCCGGAGCUCCUGUCUACCUGGCGGCGGUUCUCGAGUAUCUGACCGCUGAGAUCCUGGAGUUGGCUGGAAACGCGGCCCGCGACAACAAGAAGUCCCGCAUCAUCCCCCGCCAUCUGCAGCUGGCAGUCCGCAACGACGAGGAGCUCAACAAACUCCUAGGCGGAGUGACCAUCGCUCAGGGCGGUGUGUUGCCCAACAUCCAGGCCGUCCUUCUGCCCAAGAAGACCGAGAAGCCCGCCAAGAAGCUGGUGAAGAUAAAGGUAAUCAUGUCAGGAAGAGGUAAAACCGGAGGUAAAGCCAGGGCGAAGGCCAAGACCCGCUCAUCCCGUGCCGGACUCCAGUUCCCCGUCGGCCGUGUGCACAGACUCCUCCGAAAGGGAAACUAUGCCCACCGCGUCGGUGCCGGAGCUCCCGUCUACCUGGCGGCGGUUCUCGAGUAUCUGACCGCUGAGAUCCUGGAGUUGGCCGGAAACGCGGCCCGCGACAACAAGAAGACCCGCAUCAUCCCCCGCCAUCUGCAGCUGGCCGUCCGCAAUGACGAGGAGCUCAACAAACUCCUUGGUGGAGUGACCAUCGCUCAGGGCGGUGUGUUGCCCAACAUCCAGGCCGUCCUUCUGCCCAAGAAGACCGAGAAGCCCGCCAAGAAGUAGAAUCAAAACCAGACUAUUAACAAAAAGGCUCUUUUAAGAGCCACCCACAUCUUAACUAAGCAGUAUUUCCUGAAAUCCAAAACCAGUGCUAGACAUUAGG